AUGCCCCUCAAAAAGGACCUCCUGUACCCAUUCCUGGAAGAAAAGAGGAAGCAUAAGAAGCAGCGACUGCUGCAGAUCCCCACCUCCUACUUCAUGGACGUGAGGUGCCCAGGACUCUACAAAAUCACCACCAUCUUUAGCUAUGCACAAACGGUAGUUUUGUGUGUUGGCUGCUCCACUGUCCUCUGCCAGCCUACAGGAGGAAAAGCAAGGCUUACAGAAGGAUGCUCCUUCAGACGGAAGCAGCACUAAAACCACCCUAAAUCAAGAUGAGUGGGAAACUAUCCCAAUAAACAAAUUUUUGCUA